GAGAUUCGGAGCGGGUGCUGGCCGUGGUGCUGAAAGGCGCAGCGUGCGCCCGCCCGCCCCGGCCCCAACCCGGGCCCCGGCCGCGCGGAGCCCCACGGGGCUAUGGGGGGCCACUGAGGGACCGUCGCUCCGCCCGCCCGCCGCGGCGGCGGGGCCCCGGGGGGGCCGGGGCCGGGCCUGGGAGGAGACCUGGGGGCAAAGCCGACCCCCCCAUAGACACACUCCUGUCCGAGGGCUGGGACGGGAGGAGGAGAAAGAGGGGAGGAAAGAAGGAGGGGGAAAGAAGGAGAGAAGGAGGAGGAGAGAAGGAGAGGAGAGAAGUAGUAGGAGGAGGAGAGAAAGAGGAGGAGGAGGAGAGGAGGCGGCGGCGCACGCCACGGCGGCCUGGCGAGGAGCUGAGGCCGAAAGGAGCCGCUGGACGCUGUAUAAGAAGACGAGCCCCCAGCUCUGCCUGGCCCGCGGCCACCGCCCCGCGGAUGGUGAGGGGGCUCCGCGGCGGCCGCAGCCCCCUCGCGCCCGGCCCAGGCCCUAGCCCGGGCCGCCCUCCGUCCCCCGGCCCCGCAGAGGCCCCACAGCCCCGCAGGAACCAUGCCCAGAUCUUUCCUGGUCAAAAAGGUCAAACUUGAUGCGUUCUCCUCUUCUGACCUGGAGGGGCCUUAUGGCCGGGCACGAAGCGACCUCGGAACCCGGCUACCAGAGAAAGCAGGAUACCUCAGUGACUACAUCGCCCCAGCCGUGUACGAUGCCGCAGAUUCAGAUGCUUCCCUGCUCAAGGGCCCGUCCCAGGAGCCUAUGUAUGCAGCGGCCGUCCGCGGAGAGCUGGGCCCGCCUGCUGCUUCGGCCCCACCGCCUACCCCGCGACCAGAGCUGGCCACGGCUGCAGGAGGCUACAUCAAUGGUGAUGCAGCUGUCAGCGAGGGGUACGCUGCAGACUCCUUUUUCAUUACCGACGGCCGAUCUCGCCGCAAGGGCGCCAGCGCAGCCUCGGCCCAAGGCGGACCCGACGGCAGCAGCGGUGGAGGAGCAGGAGGAGGAGCCGGGAGUGGGGCGGGGUCCGGAGGGCGGGGUCAACAGGCAGGCGGGGCGGGACAGGGGUCCGAGGCGCGCGCUGGCCGGCACGCGUGCAGCGACUGCGGCAAGACGUACGCCACGUCGUCUAACCUGAGCCGGCACAAGCAGACGCACCGCAGCCUGGACAGCAAGUUGGCGCGCCGCUGUCCCACGUGCGGCAAGGUGUACGUGUCCAUGCCAGCCAUGGCUAUGCACCUGCUCACGCACGACCUGCGCCACAAGUGUGGUGUGUGUGGCAAGGCCUUCUCACGACCCUGGCUGUUGCAGGGCCACAUGCGCUCGCAUACUGGUGAGAAGCCUUUCGGCUGUGCGCACUGCGGUAAAGCCUUUGCUGACCGCUCCAAUUUGCGCGCGCACAUGCAGACGCACUCGGCCUUUAAGCACUUCCAGUGCAAGCGCUGCCACAAGGCCUUCGCCCUCAAGUCCUAUCUCAACAAACACUACGAGUCUGCCUGCUUCAAGGGCGGCAGCGCCGGAGGGGGAGCCGCGGAGGGAAGUGGGGGAGGGACCAUAAGCCCCCCGACUACGCCCGGCCCUGCGCCUCCCUCGGCAUCCUCCUCAGUGCACGGCCCGCCUCCUCUCAGCCCACUUCGGGCAUGAAGGGGGGGUUACCAGAGCUCCAUCUCCCUUCCCUCCUCUGGCAGCAAUAGGGGCCUGGGAGGAGAGAGCUGGGGUCCUCACCUGUCCUCUCAGCAAUAGGGCUCCCCUCCCCUGGGAAGAGGAAGGCAGUUUAGCCUCUGAUCUUUUCCAGGCUUCUGGCUGAAGGGUGUGGGGGGAGAGGUGUUCCCAAUUGAUCAGCAAUAGGGUCCCCGGAAAAGAUGGCCUCCGUUCUGGCCCCCUUUUCUGGGCUCCAGGCUAGGGAGGGAGCAUCCUCCACUAUUCAGCAAUAGGGUCCCUGAGGAAGGGAAAGGUGGCCUUGCCCCUGUCCCAGCUUCUGGACCCCAGGCUGGGGAGGGCACUCUUCCCCCCAAGGCGACCUCUUCUCUGUCUUCAUGUCUGUUUCCCCUCUUGAGGGCCCUUGACUGGGGAGGGGGGACCUCCCAAGGUGACCUCUCUCCUCUUCCCCACCCCCAUUUGGGGAAAAUGGGUGAGGAGGAUUUUGUCCCUACUACUCAGCAAUAGGGUUCCCUGGGAAGGUGAAUGCAGUCUCUGUUCUCUUCCCCCUUUAGGAACCGGUCUAGGAAAAGGAUCCCCCUUUCCCCCAUCUAAUAGAUGAUAGGGCCACAGAGAAGGUGGCUUGCCUUGAUCUCACCUAGUUCCCCCUUUUGAGACCUGGGCUGGAGAAGGGGACAAGUCCCUCAUUGCUCAGCAAUAGGGUACUGAUAGGCGACCUCUUGGUCCCUCUGUUCCCACUUUGGGGCAGGCUAGGGAUAGGAUCUGGGUAAGAGGUGUACAGGCCAUUAUUCAGCAAUAGGGUCUCCCUGGAAAGGUUCUGGCCUAUCUCCUAAGGGAAGCCCCAGGCUGGGGAAUGGGUAUCCCCCACUUCUUUCAGCAAUAGGGUCACCCAGGGAAACCUUCCCUGUCUGAAGUCCCCUAGGCUGGGAAAGUGUCACCCCCACCUCAGUGAUAGGGUCUCGGAGACAGCGCCUCCCCCAGCCACCUUGGGCCUUUACUGGCUGAAGGGGAUAUAGGGAAACUGGGUUGGGUUCGGCAGUCCACCUCCUUUAAGCAAUAGGCUACUGAGGCGGCGGUGCCCUGCCUCUGCCCUCUCCGAUCAGUAUCCCUCACAGGCUGGGGCCUAGGGACCUCCCAUCCUACCACCUUUUCCCCCAGCAAUAGGGUCACAGGGCCUCGUCCUCCCUCAGGGCCUUGCACAACUUGGGAGAGUGGCGGCUCCUUCUAGGGUCCACUAGACCCCAGGGGACUCCCAGCCCCAGGUUCCUCAAGGCUGAGUACCCCGGGACCGCCCCGCCCCCUGCCUGCAGGCUCAGGGAGGACUGUAGGACCCUGGGUCCAGCCUCCUCCUUUGUGGAGCCCCAGGGAGGACGAGGGGCUGGCAAGAGGGCAAUUUCCCCACAGUUCUCUGGGGAUUGGGACGCAGGGAGAUGAGGACUGGGAAGACCCCUCCCCUCAUCUCUCUAGCUCAGACCUGGAAGGGGCCAGUUCGGACCCCGCCCUCCCCUUCCUUCACCUCUGCCCUGCCUCCGCCCGCCAAAUCCGAACUCUUCCGGUCCAGCUACCUGGGCCCCCAGUCCCUGCUCCCCUUAACGAAUAAUAAUGACGCAUAUCGGAUCGCAUGGACUUAUCCGACCUUCCCUAGCCCUGGGUUCCUUCACCCUAUCCAAGCCCCAACCCCCUAGGCAUUAAAUGUCCCUGGGGAAGGCGGGGCAAACUGUAAUAGUGACGCUCACGUCGCCCACCCCCCUCCCCCACCACCUCUCAGUAUUCGCCUUGCGGGUAAAGCCCUGGGGGUUCAGGGGGGCUUCUCAAGCGCGUUGGGUUUAUUUAUUUCUGUUAUUUAUAUGUUGAUGAAUGGAUUGCACUCGGGUCGGGCUGUCCCGGUCCUUGCCCUGGGCUUUUCUGCGAGAAAGUUCCUGCUAAAACUUUCUUGCCCCCUCCUCCUAGAAUAGGCGCCCCCCCCCCCAACUCCGCUUCCUCGGAGCUCCGCCCCUCUGGCAGCUCUUCUCCCCCACAUGCAUCCCUCGUCAUCGGAGCUCCGCCCCUCUUAAAAAUCCUCCCCACAUGCUCCACUCUUUCCCAGGUCCCUACUCCAAUCUCGGAGCUCCGCCCCCGUCAGCUCUGUCCUUCAUCGGAGCUCCACCCAUACCUCCUUACAUACAGAUUCCUCCCCACCCCCAGAAACUCCAUUCACGUUCCGCCCUUCUCUCCUCCCACUCAGUUGCCAAUUUUUGCCCGUCUAUGCCAAAGCCUCGGCGGCGACCCCGCCCCCCCAGGGCCCCACCCCAUUGGCCGCCGCCGUUGUGACGUCACUGCAUGCAGCCCCGCCCUCCCUUCCCUGGGGCUGCCCCGCCCCCGCUCCUUUCCCUUCCUUCUUUACCCCCCUCCCUCCCCUUAGAUAGUCCGAUACCGACUAUAGAGCAAUAAUGCGCACUGCAUGCGAAGCUGCCGCCGCCUCUAGUGUUACAGAGAAUCAGGUACCCCCCCACUUCCCUCUCCCCCCAAGCCCGCCCCAGGCCCCGCCCCGCGCCGAUAUCAGGGACACUGCGCGAGGUGGGCGGGGGCCAUACGCGCAGACUUUCUCUACCCAUCCCACCCAUCCAAUAAUCCCUUGCCCUGGCUCCCAACCAAGGCCCCUUCGGCUGGCCCGGCGGCGGCGGGGGAGGCGACCACCAAGGGACAGACCCCAGAUUGGGGAGAGAGGCGGAGGACGCGCGCACACACACACGCGCACGCGCACACACACACACACAAACACACACACACACACGAAGACAAGGAGACAGAAAUGGACAUGGUCGCAAGGAGAGCGGAACAAGGAGGCAAUGAGACCAAUAAAAUCGGAUGGAAAGCCAGACAAGGGGACAGAAAUAAGGAGGCUCGAGAAAAUAAAGCAAGAGGCACAAAGGGAAACAAAAUACCACUUAACAGCUAAACUUCUCUGGUACACUGUGUUGGAGAAUGAUGUAUCUACCCUCACAGAGCUUGUAGUCUAGGAGAGGAUAAUGCAUCUGUUUCUUCCUCUUUUCUAAUUAGAAUAUUGGGGCACAAAUAGUAAGAUUGAAAAGAGAGGUUUGAGAAUUUCAAGGAUGGGGGAACACCCCUGCCUGAAGUGAAGAGACACUGAGUAAGAUGCAGAAGAGAAUCACCAAAAGAUGAAGGGGGGGGGGGGGGGGAAUGAUUUGGCAACAGCUUUCCUACUCCACACUGAGGUACUCAAGGCAGUGUAUUGUGUGGUGGAAAAAGUACAGCAAAUCAGGAGAACUGGGCUGGCUAUAGUUCCAAUCCUGUCACUCCUAGGUAUGACCUUGAGCAACUGGGCUUCUGUUUUUUUCCCCUGUAAAACGAGAGGCUUGUACUAGAUGGUGAAAAAGGACCCUUCUAGCUCUGAUGUACUGUGAUCCUUUGACACUAAAACCAGAUUGAGGACAAGAAUUCCUUUUUCAGUUACAAGUUGGAUUAGAUGGCUAUUGAGGUCCCUUCCAGCCCUGAAAUUCUGCAAUGACAAGACACUGAGCUGUAUGGAGAUCUGGAUGGACAUAGAGGCACGCAGACAGUAGGACUAGAAAAAAAUGUAUGGAAAAAUAGAAAUACUCAGAAAUAAACACUAACACAGAUUUGACUCCCUCACACACACUGUCAUACAUAUAGCCACCACCUCAACUUCUUUGAGAGAUGAGGUUUCCAACUCUAGGAACCCCAGGAGGAGGGUUUGGGGAAGUGCAGAGACCUCCGCUCCUCUGCCUUAGGUUCACCCAUCACUACAUGAUGCACCCAGGGAUACAAUUGUAUAGCAGAACACAAUCACAGCAUUCUCCCCUGCCCACCCCCCCCCCAUCACAAUCCUCUCCCCCAAUUACUACCAUGUACAUAGGCACAGAUACAUGGUGGUAGAUAUGCAUACACAUUCAUUCAUUUACUCAACUGGUGCUUGGCUCCAGAGGGCAGAAUUGGGAGGAAAGGAGUUGAUAUAUCACAGAGAGGCAGAUGUCCCCUUGAUGUGAGGGAAAAGGCCAUUUCUAAAGAUUGGAACUGUCCUAAAGGGGAAUGGCUGCCCUGUGAGGAAGUGAACUCCCUGUCACUGAAAGUCUUCAAUCAGGAGUCUGGAUGCAUUUGCUAGAGUUAAUUAUAGAGAGGAUUCCAGCUCAUGUUCAGGCUGGGCUAAUUGGAGCCGAUGUUUCUAGAACAUUUUAUGGUUUACAAAGUAUUUGACAUCCAUACAUUGUCUUACUUGUUUAUUCCUCAUCAUACCCCUGUGGAGUAGGUACUGCAAGUAUUCUACUCAUUCUACAAAUGAGGAAACUCACACAGAUAGUAUGUGCUGGAGGUGGGAUUCACUAGACCACCUCCUCCAAGAUCCAGUGUUCACUCCACGUCAGCUGCGGCUCUCUCAGCUCAGAGAUUCUAUCAUCUUCAUAGAACAUUCACCUAGCCUAAGCCUGCAUUAGCUACUAAAGGAGACAUAAAAAGAAGCUAAGAUAUGGUCCUUGCCCUCAAGGAGCUUCCAAUCUCAUUCCAUCACAAUGACACAUAGCAAGGAGGCUAUACAUCCACUUUACAUAUUCAAGCACAGCCAGAUAGUCUUCCAGCCUGCAUGACACCCAGACAAGCCACACAGAGGCACACCAACACAGCUGUACAUGGAACACAGGAACAUACACAAACACACACAAACAUGCCCAGGAACACUACCACAGUCAUAUACAUACACACAACACACAGUGGCACGGGUCUCUUGGCAAACAGUCACUUGGUAUAUGCAUGCACGCGCGCGGACGCACACGCACACACACACACACACACACACAUCAGGACCUCUCUGGGCCCCUCCCUACCUCCCCUGUGUUCCUCCUCUGUGCUUGCACACACAUUGGUCUACCUACUUACCUAAGCAGUGAGCAGGUCUCACAGCCGCUGGGCCAGGCCAGGGACCCCCUUUCCCCAAUGCCUUGCCCCCCCCUUCCUACCGUGGAAAGCCAUGGGUCCCUCCUUCUCUUCCCUCCCCAAGUCCCCAUCUCUGAAUCAGCACAAUAUCCCACCUUAGCGAAUUCAGGUAGAAGGAACGUGUAUAGGUAGCACCUCUGUUUUUGUACUGACUGCAACAGGCCCCGGGGCCACCCAGCGUGAGUGGGAGAGCUAGGGCUGAGAGGGGACAGGGCAGCUGUGCCCUCCCCCUGUUUCCCUCUGCAGCACAUGACUCCCUUCCCUUCCCCCUUCCUUGUACAUACUCCCCUGCCCUGCCCCGACAGGCUGGGAUUUUUACGUGGGCCGUCCCCCUCCUCCCCUCCGCCUGACUCCUCAUGCCCCGCUUUUGGGGCUGCGGCCCGGGGGGCUCGGGGCCGGCCGGACAGACGGACGGACGGACAGACCUCCUUCCUAAGCACAAUAGCACCAGCUCCCCGGAGCACCGCACCUCCAAGAGGAGAAUAAACGCGACUCUUGAUAGAA